AUGCCUCAUAACGAUCCGGAUGGCCCCCCUCCAGAGCGAAGUGCGCGUGUGCGCCCCCGACGGCAAAGUGGGGUCCCGGCGGUGCGUCCUCAUCGGUUCGUAGACCCCCGAUUUAGUGACUUGUACGGUGCAGUCGACCGUAAGCAAUUCGAGGAUAACUAUAAGUUCCUUCGAGAGCAAGAAGAGGAGGAGCAGUCGCGCCGCAAGCACUGCAUACAGUGCCUGAAAUACGCUUUGCGCCGUCACGAACGAGAGGAAGUUGGGCAAGACGAAGAGUCGGAGGAGGAGGAAGACAGAUUCGAAGAGGAAAACCGUGACGAGAUUAACCGCCUGAUGCUGCGACCACCGUCGGAUUUGAAGGCUGAACUGCAGCAACUGAAACGCGAAUCACAGCUCUACAUCUCAAGAACCAAAGACCGUGAAGUGCGGGCGCGCCGACAGGCUGUGAGAAAGGGCAUAAUUAAGCGGGAGGCGGCGGCUGUGCGGGACGGGAAGAAGCAGCGUGCAUUCAUUCCGAAACGGUCUCAGUUGAAACGCGAGGUUCUCGCAGAAACGUUUGAUAAGCUCGAGAAGAAAGGAGGCAAGGGGGCAGUAGACAAGUACGUUGAGCGUAAGACGAAAAAGCGCCGAUAA